UCCUCCCCCCAGGCUCACCUGAGUGCAGGUUAGGCAGGUGAAGUGUCUCCCCGGAAACCAAGCUAGAGUGCCCCACCUGCUCGGCCCUGCCUUAUCGGAUCGGAUCCAGCACAUCCAGGCUUCUCGUGAGUUCCCCCAUUGUCCCCCAACGCCCCGCCGCCCCCACGUUCUCCCACUCGCUUUUCCCCUGAGAACCUCCACCCCGCCCCCAUUCUGGCCCCCGUUGUCUCAGCACACCUGUGCAAGCACUUUCAGACCAGCGAAAUCACAGCCCAGGGGAAUGCUGGGACUGACUCCACGGCCACGCCCACCUCCCCCACUUCCUUGAGGGCAUCGGCACCAGCCCCCGCCCACCUGGGGGGUAGGGGUCAGCCUCUGCAGAGGAGUCUCCGGGAGGACAGAUACCUCGUCAGGAUGUAACCUAUGCACGGCCACACAGUAAUAUUCCCAGAAUGACCCAGGACCUACGUCUUCUGCCCUGUCCUGCCUUGGAGGGGUAACAUCGUUUUCAUGUAUUCAAAAAGCACGCUUUGAGCAUCUAUGAAGGCUCUAGGCCCCACUGGAAUUCUGAAACGAAGAUGUCAGCUCCCCCCCAGGAACCAGUGGUGACAGCUGAGGCCAUGUGAGUAGGAUCCUGAAUGAGGCUUUAUCUCUGGCUGUUCAUCCCAUUGUCCACCGUGGCACCAGCUCCCCCAGCCAGCCGGGAUGGGACCAGCGACUGAGACAGCCAGAGGCAGAGAGGUGAGGGUGACCAUAUCCUGGACUGUGAGAGGAAUGGGACUCUGGGCCUGUAGCUGCCACGCAGGUGGCAGGUGCUCCAGGCUGUGAUCUGCACCCUCUGACGCCCGACAUUGACCUCCUACCCUGACCCCUGCCUGACCAAGCCAUGUCUGAACAGCAGGGUCAAGCCCCAGGGGGCCGGGGGCUGCCCCCGGAUAUGCUGGCAGAGCAGGUGGAGCUGUGGUGGUCCCAGCAGCCGCGGCGCUCGGCGCUCUGCUUUGUCGUGGCCGUGGGCCUCGUGGCAGGCUGUGGCGCGGGCGGCGUGGCACUGCUGUCAACCACCAGCAGCCGCUCGGGUGAAUGGCGGCUAGCAACGGGCACUGUGCUCUGUUUCCUGGCUCUGCUGGUUCUGGUGAAACAGCUGAUGAGCUCGGCUGUGCAGGACAUGAACUGCAUCCGCCAAGCCCACCAUGUGGCCCUGCUGCGCAGUGGUGGAGGGGCCGAUGCCCUCGUGGUGCUGCUCAGUGGCCUCGUGCUGCUGGUCACCGGUCUGACCCUGGCCGGGCUGGCCGCUGCCCCUGCUCCUGCUCGGCCGCUGGCCGCCAUGCUGUCUGUGGGCAUUGCUCUGGCUGCCUUGGGCUCGCUUUUGCUGCUGGGCCUGCUGCUGUAUCAAGUGAGCGUGAGCGGACACUGCCCCUCCAUCUGUAUGGCCACUCCCUCCACCCACAGUGGCCAUGGCAGCAUCUUCAGCAUCUCAGGACAGUUGUCUGCUGGCCAGCGUCACGAGACCACAUCCAGCAUCGCCAGCCUCAUCUGACGGAGCCAGAGCCGCCCUUCUUCCCACACCGGCCUCAGCGUCCCCAGAGCCGAGCCAGGGUGUGAGUGCAUGUGGACAUUGAGUAUACAUGAGUGCGUGUAUGCCCCCAGGCUGGGUCAGCUCUUCUGUGGAUUGCAUGGCAUGUGAUUAAGAGCCCAUGUGUUCCCACAUAUCCGUAUCAUGUGAAAGUUAAUGCGUGCCUCCUUGGAACUGGGUGUUUGUGUCCAUGGAACUUCCUCUCUAUAUCUCAGGUCAGUAGGCGCAGAAACGCCUCAUGAUGAAGAUUCUUGAGCCCCGUUUCCAAAACCCGUCAAAUCCAAUCCUGUCCUGUAACAUCCAUCAAGGAUUUCCUUAGGGGUGACUGCUGCCCACCCAAGACUGCACCAGUGCCUGCUCAUUGAGGAGAGUAACUGCUGGCCAGGCAGAAGGAAUAUGGGCUCUGCAAUGAGACACACCUGGAGGGGACUCUCCCGUUGAGCACUAGCAGCUGGAGGAGUUGGGAGUUCGUGGCUAUCGUGGUUGUGUUCAUCGAUUGUGGGGAUGAAAUGUCAUUGUGUAUGGAAGGUGGGGCUCGUGGCUGAUGUGCAAUAAAAUGGCGGCUGCCGUGUCAUUGUCUCCA